AACGGUCUCAAAAUAAAGUAAACCGUACGUGAACGCAGCCCUGUCGCAUCACCGUGUCUUUAAAGGGCUGAAGAUUUUUUCACAACCCCAAGUCCUUAAACCCCAACGCGCAGUUUCAGUCGCCAAACCCUAAUCCUUUGAAUUUCCUCAUCUUAGUCAACAGUUUAAAUGGCAUUUUUUAACAAACUUGGGAGCCUUGCAAGGCAGAGUGUAUGUCAGAGUGGGAACGUUUCAGUGUCCCAUAUGCUUAAUUCUGUUCGCAACAUGUCGUCUUCGAGACUUUUUAUUGGAGGACUCUCAUAUGGAACUGAUGAUCGGUCUCUUAAGGAGGCAUUUGAAAGCUUUGGUGAAGUAACUGACGCAAAGGUUAUCGUUGACAGAGACACUGGGAGGUCGAAGGGCUUUGGGUUUGUCAACUUCUCAAGCACUGAUUCUGCGAGCUCUGCACUGUCAGCCAUGGAUGGCCAAGAGCUGAGUGGUCGGAAUAUUCGUGUAAGCUAUGCCCAAGAAAGACCAAGUGGCCCCCGUUCAUUUCGUGGCGAUGGAGGUUUUGGUGGCAAUUCUGGAUUCUAAGCAGUUGUUGGUUCCAUUGAUGGCCAUGUUCUCUUUAGCUAGCAACUUGUUCGCGCAAAAAUGUUAUUUGUCUGCUUUGUUUUGAUGGAUUUUACUAGACUUUUCGGAAUUACCAUUGUGCUUUCAGUGCCAAUUUGUGCACGUUAUGCUA